AUGGAGGCUCCUCCUAAGCACAGAUUACACUCUGGCUUGCGUUUAUGGGAAUUCCCUGAUCAGUACGUUAUCGAGCCGACUGAUGGUUCGGCCGCUCCAUGCUUGGACAUUAGUCGUCUUGACGGCUCCAUGAAGCUUAUUGAUCAAGUCGCUGAAUGCAACUCUUUGCGUGUCCCUAAGAUCCGUUCUAUUUUCGGUGUCGUUGGGAUGCUAAAGCUCCUUGCAGGAUCAUACUUGGUGGUGGUGACAGAGAGCGAAUCUGUUGGCUCGUUUCUAGGGCAUACUAUUUUCAAAAUUAAUUCCCUCAAGGUUCUUCCUUGUGAUCAUUCACUUAAAAACUCGCCUGAAGAACAGAAAAAGGUGGAGACUGACUUCUCUAGGCUGCUAAAUGUUGCAGAGAGGACAAAUGGUCUCUACUUUUCAUAUGAAAUUAACUUGACUCUCAGUGCACAGCGCUUGCAUGAUUUGGGGGAUGAGUCUAAGUCGCUUCCUCUGUGGAGACAGGCUGAGCCUAGAUUUCUUUGGAACAAUUAUAUGUUAGAAGUGCUUAUCGAUAAUAAGCUUGAUCAGUUCUUGCUUCCAGUAAUUCAAGGAAGUUUCCAUAGUUUUCAAACAGCCAUUGGAAGAGAUAUCGUUGACAUUACUCUGAUUGCUAGGAGGUGCACCAGAAGAAAUGGUACCCGCAUGUGGCGAAGAGGAGCUGACCCUGAUGGUUAUGUUGCUAAUUUUGUGGAGAGUGAGCAAAUUGUACACAUGAACGGAUACACAUCAUCAUUUGUUCAGAUUAGAGGAUCCAUGCCUUUUAUGUGGGAUCAGAUUGUAGAUCUGACCUACAAGCCCAAAUUUGAGAUUGUCCAACCUGAAGAAGCUGCGAGGAUAGCUGAGCGUCACUUUCUGGACCUCAGGAAAAAAUAUGGAUCAGUUUUGGCUGUUGAUCUUGUCAAUAAGCAUGGAGGUGAGGGGCGAUUAAGCGAGAGGUUUGCAGGUGCUAUGCAGCACAUCAACGGUGAUGAUGUAAGAUACCUGCACUUUGAUUUUCAUCACAUAUGUGGGCAUAUUCACUUUGAGCGCUUAGCAAUUCUGUAUGAGCAGAUGGAGGAUUUCCUUGACAAAAACGGGUACUUUUUGUUGAACGAAAAGGGUGAGAAAAUGAAGGAGCAGUCUGGUAUUGUGCGCACUAACUGCAUAGAUUGCUUAGACCGUACAAAUGUCACGCAGAGCAUGAUAGGCCGCAAGAUGCUGGAACUUCAACUCAGAAGGAUUGGUGUUUUUGGCGCCGAAGAAGCUAUAAGCUCGCAUCUAAAUUUUGACGAGCGCUAUAAAAUAUUAUGGGCUAAUCACGGUGAUGACAUUAGCAUUCAGUACUCCGGCACUCCUGCACUUAAAGGAGAUUUUGUCAGGUAUGGUCGAAGGACUGUUCAAGGGGUCCUUAAUGAUGGCUGGAAUGCCCUCGCACGCUACUACCUGAACAACUUUGCUGAUGGAACUAAGCAGGAUGCGAUUGAUCUUGUGCAAGGACACUAUAUAGUUGCUGUGAGCCGAGACAUGGCUCCUGUGCCUCGAAAGGGAGGUCUUGAGGCUGUAGCCAACUUUCCAGUGGCUUUGGCUGUGGUUCUGAUCAGUUUAUGGUUUGCAACAAUGUCUGUGAAACGAGCUGGGAGUGAUUACAGGCACUUGUUUUUCUCAUUGGUAUGGACGGGUAUCAGUGUGGCUGUAGCGGCAGUCAUGAGGGCCAACGGCCGGAUCUUCUGCAACAGGCCUCGUCUGCACAAGCCCAGACCUUGA